AAAUGACUACCAUAGAAUUUUUAUACAAGUGAGUGUUUAUCUACAUCAGGGUUCAUCAUUUUGUUUGUUUGAGCUACUUUGAGGUGAGGUUAUGGUUUAUAAUAUCCUCAUCUCAAUUAAUCAAGCGAGAAAUGAAUUUCAUCUACAUCUAUCAAUGUUCAUCAUUUUGUAUUUUUAUAGAUUUUUUAACAUGAAAAAAAGAAACAAAAAACAAAAUCAUUUCGUGGCCUUCUUGACAAAAAGAAACAAACAACAAAAGCAACGUACAACUGUUUAUCACCACUAUUUCCAAAUUCAGUUGAUUAAAUUAUAAAUUCUUCUUCCAUUAUAUCCCAAAAAUCAAACAAUGGAGCAAAUCAUGACCACCUUAUCUUCUUUCUUCCCAUCUUUUACUCUCUUCUCUAUCAUUCUUUUUUCCCUCUAUUACACACUAUACCACCUUCCAAACACGAAGAAACAAGCACUAGGCUUCAAAACAUACCCCUUCCUAGGCACCUUACCACAGUUCCUAGCAAACCGGCACCGCUUCCACGAUUGGAGCUUCGAAAUCCUUUCUCCCCUCCCCACACACACCUCCGUCUUCUUCCGCCCCGGAAAAGUGCACGGUAUCAUCACCGCGUACCCCCCCAACGUCGAACAUUUCCUUAAAACCCGUUUCGACAACUACCCUAAAGGCGCUCGCUUUAUCUCUUUACUCUACGACUUCUUCGGUACCGGUAUCUUUAACUCCGACGGUCAUCAUUGGCGCCAUCAACGUAAAACUGCCAGCUAUGAGUUCAACAAAACUUCCCUUAAGAACUUUGUCCUAGAGAGUGUUAGGUUUGAGAUUAAAACACGCCUUAUUCCCAUUUUUAUAGAUGCAUCCGGUUCAGACCGGGUUUUGGAUUUACAAGAUGUUCUCGAGCGGUUCGCUUUUGAUAAUAUUUGUAAGUUGGCCUUUGAUUUUGACCCGGGUUGCUUGGCUGGUGACGGGUCGGGCGAGUCCGAAUUUAUGCGGGCUUUUGAGGAUGCCACUGCGCUUAGUGCUGGACGUUUCUUUUAUGCGCUCCCUUUUAUAUGGAAAAUUAAGAGAUUUUUUAAUGUAGGAUCGGAGAAGAGGUUAAGGGAGUCAAUCAAAACCGUCCAUGAUUUUGCUGAAAAGAUUAUACGGACGAGGUUAGAAGAAAUAUCAGGAGAAAAUAGUCGUAAUGUGAAUUCCCAAGAUUUGUUGUCACGUUUUAUUUCCGCGGAUGACAUAAGUAAACAACAAGAUGGUAAUUUUCUAAGGGAUGUUGUGACGAGUACUAUCCUAGCUGGGAGGGAUACAACAUCCUCGGGAUUAAGUUGGUUUUAUUGGUUGUUAUCCAAGCAUCCCGAUGUUUUGACGAAGAUUCGGUCCGAAGUAGGUGAGGUUCGGACUAAAGCUGGUAAACAAGUCGGGGAUAUGUAUGAUUUUGAUGAUCUAAGAGAAAUGAAUUACUUACAUGCAGCGCUAUCUGAGGCGCUACGAUUAUACCCUCCAGUACCUGUAGAUACUAGAACAUGUUUGGAAGAUGAUGUGUUUCCUGAUGGUACAAAGAUUAAGAAGGAUUGGUUUGUCACGUAUAGCACGUAUGGUAUGGGGAGAAUGGAGAGCAUAUGGGGCAAGGAUUGCUUAAUGUUUCGACCCGAAAGAUGGAUAGAUGAAAACGGUUGUUAUAAACCGGAGAAUCCUUUUAAGUAUCCCGUUUUUCAUGCGGGUCCAAGGAUUUGUUUAGGGAAGGAGAUGGCAUAUCUACAAAUGAAGUCCAUAGUAGCUUGUGUGGUAGAACAAUUUGAUGUGGAUAUAGUAGAAAAAGAGAAAUGUCCUCAAUAUUUGAUGUCACUAACUCUAAGGAUGAAAAAUGGACUUCCUGUUAAAGUAAAGGCAAGACAACUUUAAUGGGCCGAGGAAGAAAUAUUGCAAAUAUCAUGUAAUGAAUAUUGAAUAUGAUUACAGAUUUGUCUACAUGCUUGACUGCUUAACAAAUAUUGCUUUUUUUUUUUUGUGCGAUCAUGUGUAAUGAUACAACAAAGUUUCUAAGCUCACUUAUUAAUUAAUCUUGUCUUAUGAAAAUUACGAAGAAAGCUCAAAAAAUACUUGUAUUUGAUGUCAGCGGUUGUUAUUUAGUAAUAGUUAUA